CCUAAGAUGGCGGCUGGCUCCUCCCCUCUUCUCUCCCUCUCCUUUCCCUUGUUUUGAAUAAACUUUCUGGGGAAGCCGGAGGGGAAAACCAGGACGGUGGGCCUCGCGGAGGCCUCUGGACCCGCGGAGAAGCCGAGGGAGCCGCUUGGCCCUGAGAAGGCCGCCGACCCCGCUCUGGAGUAGAGCCUGCCUCCCGGGAGACGGUUCCGGGACCUGGCCUGGGAAUCAGCGGCGCUUCGGGUCUGGCUCUAGGCCUUGAGGGAAGGAAGGCCCCAAAAGAAGGCUCUGAGGGGCAAAGCGGCGGGAGCGAGGCCCGUCUCCUUUCCUUGAAGCAACUUGGUUCUGCCUCAAACGCUCCUUUGUCAGCCUUGACCAUUUCUUAUGAGGGGCAAAGUUGGAGGCCCUUCCAAUUGGGAAGUGGGCCCUCCCUCCUAAAGAUACCUGGGAAUCUUGCUCCAGAAACAAAGCUUAUCCUUUUUGUUUAUUUCCAGGAGCCUGAACUUCUCAGCAUGGGUUUUGUGGGGAGCUGAGAGCAGGUUGGGGAGCUUUGCAGAUUCUUGAGGGAACCUAUAAAAGUUGAGACACUUUGUGGGUGAUGCCCCUUGUUUUUAGGGGCCUGUGAAAGAGAAGACUUGGAGAGGAUCCUGCACUCAACAUUGCUGAGCCCGAAGUGGAUGAAACAUCGAGCCCCCCACUAACUGGGGGGGCACAGAGACUUGACUUCGGACUUGAGGGUGAAUGGCGGCUCCUCCAGCGAGCAGAAAGUCUGAUUCCUGAGGCGUCUUGGAGGGGAAGUAGCCACCAUGGCCUCUGUCCCGGUGUAUUGUCUCUGCCGCCUGCCCUACGAUGUCACCCGCUUCAUGAUUGAGUGUGACGUUUGCCAGGACUGGUUCCACGGCAGCUGUGUUGGAGUAGAAGAGGAUGCGGCAGCUAGCAUUGACUUGUAUCACUGCCCCAACUGCCAGCUACUUCAUGGACCAUCUGUCAUGAAACGACGCCGGGGGAACCCCAAGCAUCCGGACUCCUCUGUGAGCAAAGAGGUUGGCAAGACCGUGAAGACAGGCAGUACUCAGUUUGUCAAGGAACUUCGCAGCAGGACAUUUCCUAGUGCUGAUGAGGUGAUUCUAAAGCCAAGUGGGGCCCAGCUGACUGUGGAGUUCCUGGAGGAGAACAGCUUCAGUGUGCCCAUCCUUGUCCUGAAGAAAGAUGGGCUGGGCAUGACCCUUCCUCCACCUUCGUUCACUGUGCGUGAUGUGGAGCAUUAUGUGGGUGCAGACAAAGAGAUUGAUGUGAUUGACGUGACCCGCCAGGCUGACCUCAAGAUGCGCCUGGGUGACUUUGUCAGCUAUUAUACCAGCAACCGCAGAGAAAAGGUCCUUAAUGUCAUCAGCCUGGAAUUCUCUGAGACAAGACUGUCUAACUUUGUGGAGACCCCAAAGAUUGUGCGCAAACUGUCCUGGGUGGAGAACCUUUGGCCAGGGGAGUCCGUAUUUGAACGACCCAAUGUGCAAAAGUACUGCCUGAUGGGGGUGCGGGACAGCUACACAGACUUCCACAUUGACUUUGGGGGCACCUCUGUCUGGUAUCACGUACUACGGGGAGAAAAAAUCUUCUACCUGGUGCGCCCCACUACUGCCAACUUGACGCUCUUUGAGACGUGGAGCAGCUCAUCCAAUCAAAACGAAAUGUUCUUUGGGGAUCAGGUGGACAGAUGCUAUCGCUGUCCUGUUCGUCAGGGCCAGACUCUCUUCAUACCCACAGGUUGGAUCCAUGCUGUACUGACCCCUGUCGACUGCCUAGCCUUUGGGGGCAAUUUUCUCCACAGUCUGAACAUUGAGAUGCAGCUCAGGGCCUAUGAGAUUGAAAAACGCCUCAGCACAGCCGAUCUCUUCAAAUUUCCCAACUUUGAAACAAUCUGUUGGUAUGUUGGCAAGCAUCUCCUGGAUAUCUUCCGAGGUCUUCGAGAAAAUCGCAGACACCCAGCUGCUUAUUUGGUUUAUGGGGCCAAGGCCCUGAACACAGCCUUCCGCUCAUGGACUAAAAAAGAGGCCCUGGCUGACCAUGAGGAAGAAAUCCCUGGGACUGUCCGCCCAGCACAGCUAAUCAAGGAUCUGGCUAAGGAAAUCAGACUUGUAGAAGAUAUAUUCCAGCAGAACAUUGGGAAGACGGGCAGUCCAUUUGGCCUGCAGAGGGGCACCCAACCUGGUACAGCUGCCAAAAAGGGAGACCAGAGCCCCAAGGAGCUGAGCAAGAAAGCGAGCAGGAAAGAGGUUGCCUCAGUCAAAGCCCUGGACCUGGAGUUGCUACGCAAAUACAAGCGGCAGGCCCUGAAAGGCCUGGACAGCCCUGCACAGGAAGAGCUUGACUUGCCAAGUUCCAGCAUGGAAGAUACAGAUGCGGAACCUGACCUGAUGGAAGAAGAGGUGACCCUGGUGGUGGCCAAUGGCCGGGGCACCAGGAAAAUCAAGGCCUCGGAGCGCGCCCGCAGCCGCAAAGGAGUGCACGCACGAGCCCCACCUAGCCCCUCUGAUGCGGAGGGCGUCGAUAUUGACUCUGAGGAGGAUUUGCAGAUUGAUGAGACACCUCGGCGCGAAAGGAGAAACUUAGUCCUGCACAAGAGAUUGGCCAAAUUUCCUCGAAAACUGCCACGAGCCAAGCCUUGUUCUGACCCAAACCGGGUACGAGAACCUGGUGAAGUGGAGUUUGACAUUGAAGAGGACUAUACAACAGAAGAGGAGGAAGAGGAUGCCUCCGGCGACGACCAGUUGGAGGGCAGUGCUAGUGCUGCGGGGAUCCUGGACCUGCUCAAGGCCAGUCGGCAAGUGGGUGGCGCAGACUACGAUGAGCUCAGCGAUGCCCCUGCCUCUCCCAGUACUCAAGAAGCCAUUCAGGGCAUGCUGUGCAUGGCAAACCUCCAGGCUUCCUCACCAGGUGCCUCCAGCCUGCAGGCUUGGUUGGCCGCUGGACACGAACGUGGCUCCGCAGGUGCCUCUGGCACUCAACGCUCAGGGAAGAGGCCCACCAAGCGCCCGGCCCAUCACAGCACCGACAGCGAGGAAGAGGCCAGCCUGGAUGAGCAGGAGAGCCUGGGAGCCUGCUUCAAGGAUGCCGAGUACAUUUACCCUUCCUUGGAAUCAGAUGAAGAUGACCCAGCCUUGAAGUCACUUCCAAAGAAGAAGAAAUCUACAGAUGAUGCUCCAUGGAGUCCCAAGGCUCGGGUGACCCCAACGUUGCCCAAGCAAGACCGCCCAGUGCGUGAGGGGACGAGGGUGGCGUCCGUCGAGACUGGGCUGGCAGCUGCAGCCGCUAAACUGGCUCAACAGGAACACCAGAAGACACAGCGACGGAAACUGGUCGUAAAAAAGAAGCCACCUUCUCCAAAGGCGCCUAGCCCGGAACCGGAGCUGGAGCUGGAGCCAGAACCAGAACCAGUGGAAGCAGAAGUGGAGCCGGAUCUGCCACCACCCCAACAGGAUCCAGAGCCAGGGCUGGUGGUUCCUGUGCCCACUCCUCCCACACCUGAACCCAAACAGGAACAGUUUGCUGGGAGCCUCGUGGAUCAUGAGUACACCGCACGGCCCAAUGUCUUUGGAAUGGCCCAGGUCAACCGUGGAUCCACUCCCAUGGCACCAGGUGUCUUCUUGUCUCAGCGACGCCCCUCGACCGGUUCACCGGGUGGUCCCCAGGCUGCACAGGGGAAACGCCCCAAGAAGGGUUUAGCAACAGCCAAGCAGCGACUCGGCCGCAUCCUGAAGAUCCACCGCAAUGGCAAACUGCUGCUCUGAGUGCCACCCCCACAUCCCGCUCCAGAGCUCGGGCCUUUUGGGCAGCGCGCAAUGGGUGAGGUACAGAGACACUUUGGGAGGCACUCCUUCGCCAGUGUCCUCCAAUUGCUGCCAGGACUAUGGAGCACAGAGAAGGUCUGUGCUACCUCUCCCUCGUGUGGAUUAGAGCCAGGACUGAGCUGCCCCACCGCAGGAAGCAUUGGACCCAAUGGGCAACUGUUCUGACACUGAGCUUUCCCAGAGGCGGGAGGGCUUUACUGUGCCCACUGACUCUUCAUCCCUACCUCGAUCCAUAGCAGUUCCCUUUUUUCCUGGGGCUGAUACCUCUGUAUAAUUCUCCCCUCACACACAGGGAUGCCAGUUAGUCUUUAUUUUUCCUCCCAGCGGCUUCAACCACCCUUUGUAUUUUUGCUGCUGCACAUGAACCUUAGCAUGCCAAGGCGUGGUUUUGAUUACUUAUUUUUGUAUAUCGGCUUUUCCCCACAGGAAGCGACUGUGCAUUGCCUUUGUUUCAGCAGGUAGCAACCCUUCCGUCCUUCACACACCUUUGAGAUAUGAGACAGAGGGGAACUUGUCCUUGAACCCUAGAAAAAGACGAGACGUUAAGCUGGCAAAUUGCAGGAAGGUAGGACAGAGAGUAAUGUUUUUGGAGAAUACAAUAGUACUCUUCUUUGAGUAGUGCCAGGGGGUGGGUGGACGAGGAACUCACUCCAGGUCCAAAAUAUCCGAUAUUAGAAGAGAAGAAGCAGCGUCUGGUCAUUGUGGUCAAUUUAUGCAAAACACAACAGAUUUAUUUGUAUCGGUUCCAGUUGUAAGUUGAGGGGAUGUCACAUAUAAUCCCCCCUCUCUCUCCAUAUUCAUAUUGUCCAUAUAUCCGAGCGGGCUGCAGCCUUCACUCUCGUGUGCCCAGCUGUCGUUGCUAAAGGAAAAUCUGCUUUAAUGUUUGCUUUAAUCCGAGAAGUCGUCCCCUGCAUGCAGUUGGAAGGCCAGCACGUGUGACAUUGGAUGGGGAUGCUGACCUCACGGUCCAGGAGAAAGAGUGACCCCCUGUAACAAGAGAUUCCCCAGUAGGCUUUGCAUUGGUUCCUAUAUAUAUAUUCAUUGUGAUCCUGUUGCAGAUCUCCCCGCUGUUAAUUCCCUCCCCUCACCCUGUUUUCAAGCAUUCGUUCCCCCUCCCCAAACAGCGGCAGGGAGGGCAACAUGCCCCCUAAGCCACGACUAAAAAAAAGACAUUUCUACCCAGCUGCACGGCUCAGUUUAUAUGGCUGUGUAACAUAUUUUUAUGCCAGACUCCAGCCGGCUUUGUGUAAAUGUUUGAAUUCUAUUUUUUAGGCAUCUCUCUAGAAAUCUGUGUUAACAAAACAAAUGAAGCGGAACCUUUUUUUAUAUAUUCAGGGUUAGAAUAAAAACCUUUAUUGGUUUA